AUGAGACCGACAGACGUCGAGAUCAGACAAUAUGCAGCGAGGAAGAGGCCGGCAUCUGGGGCCGGGCCCUCACGCUCGUCGAAAAGGCCCCAGACAUUGACCCCGACCGCUACCGCAUCGGCGGCCGAUCAGUCGGAGCCGAUCAUCUCGCUCUCGGCGCCGGCAGUGCCACCAGAGGAGCAACCGAUGGAGGGAAUGGCCGAAGGAGCAUCGACGGCUUCGUCGAUGGAGGAGGCUCGGGGUAAUGUUCGGGAGCCCGAACGUCCUUCAUCGGCUCCCGCUGCUGCCUCGGGGGGAGCUCAAUCAAGUUCGAGCUUCCCCUCCUUCCCCGAUCUACGGGCCUGGGUGGCCGGUCGGGGGAAGGCCCCGAUGGCCCCCGCAGACGACUCAAGGUCGGGGGGUCGCGCCACAUCGUCUGGCGCUCGGAUCCCUGAGGGAGCGUUGGCCCUGGCCGACCAUGACUUGGCCAGGAGAUUAUGCCAGGGGACCCUCCUUCCCGCCGACCUGGAGAAGGACAAGGCAGCGACCGUCGAAGCUGAGAAGGCGGUGUUGGUCGAACAGCUGAAGCUGUCGAUCGAUCGGGAGGCAAGACUUGAGGAUGAAAUCUCUCACCUCACUGAUGCUUUGGCUGCUUUGAGGGCCAAACUUAGGUCGGCCCGUGAGGAAACAAAGCGCAAAGGUCGAGCCGCUCACCGACUGCGGUGCGAGCGGGAUGGCAUCAUCGCCGAACUCGAGGUCGAGUGCGAGCAGCUCCGGGUUAGCCUGAAGAAUCUUGCCAAGGCUGAAAAGGACUUGUCAAUCGCCCAAGCCGACGCUGACAUAGCGAAGGCAGAGGCGGAAUCGGCGAAGGAGUCAUUAGAUCGGGCAGAGGCGGAGGCGAAAUCGACGGCGGAGUCGUUAGGUCGGGCGGUGGAGGACUUCCACGGCUCCGACAAAUAUCGGGAGGAGCUCCUGAAAAGCGGCUUCAUGUCGUACCGGGUGGGGUACGAAGAUGCUCGGGAUGUAGUCCAGGCUUUGUACCUGAAGCUUGACCUCGGCGGCAUUGUUCCCCCAGGAUCAGAGGAGCAAGCCACAGAAGAGGUGGCCGACCUAUCGUCGGGGGACCAUACUGCGAUGGAGGAAGCCGUCCCGGAGCAGGUCACCGAAGGGGAGAUGGCCCCAACCUCCGAUCCGACGCCGACCCGAGCGGACACGCCGGCUGCCCCCGAGCUUCUCCCGGUUGAAGAGGUCGACUCUGAAGAGUGA